UAAAAUGAUUCAUUCGAUUGCCAGUCUGAUCAGAGGCAAGAGCAAACUGCUCCUGCUUGAGAGUCCUGAUACCGUCGAGAUCUACAAGCUGAACGAACCAACAACUCGUUCUACAAGAGCAAGUAAAGAUGACAUUUAUCUGCCGGCAAUCACCACAAAGGCUUCAAGUCUGAACUCUAUUAGAGGGUCACUGAGUCAGUCCUGUCCUUACCUGUAUGACAAAAGACGAGGCUCCAUCUCGUCACUUGCCUCUCAGAGAACUGGAGGUCACCUGAAAAAAACGAAUAACCUAAAGGCUCAAAGAGAAGCAAAGAAGUCCAACGUCACUGUAACAAUGACCUACCUAGGACAAGGUCACAAGGGGUCAGGGUUGGAGUCCAGUCGGGAUGAACUGAAGGUACUUCAGCAAGUCAAUGGAGGCGAGAAUCUCUGCGUCUUCAAGGGCCUCGUGGCUCCAGGAGAUCAGUUCCAGUUCAUCUCUCAGAGACACAGAGGUUACCCCUUCAGUGCUACCUUGUAUGUAAACGGCAUGAUGGUGGGAAGGAUCAGUUCCUGCUGUGAGUACCGCUACACUCCGGGCUUCCAGCAGGGCAGGAAGAGCUGCUUCAGACUAAUGUGGCAGACUGGUGGGACUCCUUGCUACAGGUGAGGUCUCAUCCCUCCCGG